ACAUUUCGACAUGUAUUUCACGACAAGUAUCUUUAGCUGUCUAUUAAACAAAGAUUGGAAUGUAAAGUUUCAAAGCUAAACGAGUAAAAAGACUAACGAGUAUGACCUUUCCAGCUAAAGGCAAUAUUUACAUUUUUUUUUCUUGAGAGUCUUUUGUCUCCUUUUUCUACGUAAUUUGAUCCAUAUUUGGCUCCAAGAUCCUUUGAAAAAUUGAAUGAAAAAUCAGCAGUCACAACGUACAAUCCAACUCAAUUUAAUACACAAUAAGAAAGCACCUUUGUCAAAAAAAAAAUAAAAAAAAUUACAAAGCACAAAUCGAAUCAAUUAAUUUGCAUCAUAUGAUGAUAAUAUUACCUAGCAUAGAAAUUUAACUUUUCAUGUGAUACUAGAAUAAAUAUUAUCACAUAAUUCACAUUUACAGGAUAAUCCACUGGUUAUUUACAUUAAUCGUGAUUACAAGUCUUUAAUCCCCCUUUUCUUUGUUGUUUGUGUUAAAUGAUUUUUCCUAAGAUAUGACCAGUUGAAAUAGCUCGUUACGUUGCUAUACGUUAAUUAGUUAUACCGAGUGAAGAAUGAGUCAAAUGUUUGACUUGUAUUUGCAUGAAAUUUUACGUACCAUUCCACUUCCACAUGUGUGGUCUUUAAUAUUUCAAGUAUAUAUAUAUAUAGAGCCCAUCAUUUUGCUUGCCAAUAUCAUCAUUGAACUAUAACCUUGAGAUAACCCUUUGAGAUCUUAUUUUCCUGCCAAAGUACAAAUUUUUUUUAAAGGAAAAGUACAAUAUUUUUUUUGAAAGGUAUGAUAUCUGCAAUUAACCUUUAGUUUCUAUUUUUAGCUGACAAUGGUCUUGUUAAUGUAUCGAUGCACAUAUAUAUAUAUAUAUAUAUACAUGUAUGAAUAUUAUUUACAGUAAAAUCAGAAAUUCGUUGUUUCUUAAGAGAAAACAUUUAAUUUGUAGAAAUGGAUGCAAGAUUCUUGUACCCCUUGGAGAGCUGUAAAAUUAUCCACUUGUUGAGACAUGGACAAGCGUUGCACAAUGUCGAAGCCGAGAAGGAUAGGAAUGCGUUGUUGUCUCCUCAUCUUUUCGACGCUCCACUUACUGAACAUGGUCACCAACAGGUUGAGAACCUCCACGAACGUCUUGUUUCAAGUGGGGUACUAAAGAGGGUUGAGCUAGUUGUAACUUCACCCUUAUUGAGAACUAUGCAAACAGCGGUUGGAGUUUUUGGAAAUGAAGAUAUACAACAGAAUAUGACAAGCACCCCUUCCAUCUUGGCCCUAGAGGUUGCUCGAGACCGUAAUGGAGUCCGUCCUCCUGAUAUGAGAAGAAACGUGAGCGAGUAUCAAACUAUUUUCCCCACAAUUGAUUUCUCUCAGAUUGAAAGUGAAGAAGACAAUCUUUGGAGACCUGAUGUUCGAGAAUCCGAAGAAGAGAUUUUUGCGAGAGGGUUAGAGUUCAUGAAAUGGUUAUGGAAAAGACCAGAGAAGGAGGUCGCAGUUGUUAGCCAUGGCAUAGUGUUGCAGCAUAUGUUGUAUGUGUUCGCAAACGAUUGUGACAAGUCAAUUAGACAUGACCUUUGCAAGAGGUUAUACAAAAUUUAUUUUUUCCAAAUAUGGACGAACUUUAAUUCCUUGUAUAAAAUUUAUAAUUGUUUGGUCAUAAUAUGGCAUGUGUUCUCUUAUAGGUUUGCUAAUUGCGAAAUUCGUACUGUCGUGAUUGUAGACAAAGGGUUAGUGUGACUUAAUCAAUUUGUUUUAAUUAUAAUAUACAUUUCUUGACCCUCAUUAGUGUUUUUUUUUUUUUUUUGACAUCAUCCUCAUUAGCGUGUUAUUUAUGUUUUUACUUUUCAGAAUGAGUACGGAAAAUUGAUUACGCGAAGAAGGUUUCAAAAGAGUUUACUGACUCAUUAAAACAACAUUGCAGAAGUUGCUAAUAAUAUUCAUUUUAUUGUUUUAUUCUUGAAGCUCAAUAUUGUUAAGUUGAGCUUCUUCUUCUAUUUGCUUAAACCCCUCGUUUAUCUAUUUUUAUUUUUCAUAUUUUUGUUUGUUUAGGAGUUGUAUUAAGUAAAUGAAAUUAAACUAAUUACAUGAUUAUGUUAAUAAAAUGCGAAGACCUAUUUGCCUAUUGGUUACGAGUCUCCGUGUUAGAGCUAUUGUCAAUGGAGUGUAGAAAUUUUUGUUUUUUUGGCAUCAUGCAUGGAAUUUUUUUUUUGAAAACUAAAAGUUUUUGCAUGAAACAAUCUCAUAAAGCGUGAGAUCUUUAUUUUAAACUUAGCUUAUAUAUAGGCUCAAUGUCCUAGUUUCGUCAUUGAAUAAGAAAAUAAACACAAACAUUUGAGAUUUGACAAGAAUUUAGUUGAUUUUAAUUUGUAUGAGCGGUUAACAAAAACUAAUGAUGAUCUUUGAAACAAGAUUUUGCAAUAACAAAAAAAACGCACACAAAUCCGACAUUUCUGUCAAAAGUAAUUAUCUAUUUCACUAAAAAUCAUAACAAAAUAGAAACACCACAAAAUUUUCAAAAAUAAGUGAUAAUUCUC